GAUUUUCCUGUUUCCAAUCAUUUUCAUCGCGAAAAUUAUGGUAAAAUGUCCUUUUUGCUAAAGAUUAUCACGCAAGAGGCAAAGAAUCGUUAGGAUUGUUGCUCGAGCUCUAUUAGACACGCAAAAUAUCGACUUGUGAUAAGAAAUUCAAUCAAAACAAAGAAAAUAUGGAAGCAGGCAUUCAAGUGCUUCAAAACACCUCCGUUUCCGAUAACGAAGCAAAAUCAGCGGAUAUCGAUUCGCCCAGUUAUGGCGCAACGACAGAUUCGGGCGUCGAAACGAUGAGUUGCGAGUUGAAUGAAUCGAUGGUCAGCAGCGGAUGUUUCGAAGCAGAUACUUUUUUGAGUGCUUCGACGACUGUCUUGCCGGAUUUGUUGAUUCCUGCGUCGGAACAGCUUCAAACGAGGAAAGAUUCGGCAAAUGGCAAUUCGGAAGUGACUGAGGAGAAGAUUCCCGAUGAGAUGAUUAGUUCGGUGCACUCAACUUUUGACAAUGAAAUCGUGUAUCGACGUCGACGGCAAAAGACUCCGACGAAAAAAGCCCCGAAAAAGCGAGUUUCGUUCCACGAAGACAUUUUAAAUAACAAAAAAACGGAUAAUAUUCGAAUUGAACACGGAUUUGUCGCCUAUAAAGGCGGAUUUUCGAAGAAACAAUUGAUGCUGAAGAAUCAUUCGCGUUAUUCUUGGUGCUCCGAAUACGGCAGCGGCCAAACUGAGAUCGAUGACGAAGAUGACGACUCGGAUGGCGUGCAGCCAAUUUACAGAAAUGCCUGUUCUGACGUCUUGGAUUUCGGAAAAACGGAAGUUUUUGACACGGAAGAGGAAAAACUCAACGCCAUGAAGUACAAUGCUAACUCGGGCGUCUUUGAAUAUCACAGUAAUCACCAAAAAUCCCGAAAUCCGAAGAAAAAUCAACUUUACAAAUGCGAUUGUAGCAGUUCCAAUUCGAGUUUGAGCGAUGCAAGUACCGAUUCGGACCCAAAUGCGAACGGAAACAAUCAAAAAAGGAAUUAUGCGCAGGCAAAAUCGAAUUCUUGCGAGUGCAUUGGCUCAAAUCAGCGGAAUAAUAACGUCAUUAGCGACAAUUGUUACUAUUCGGAGCCGAAUAUCAUGGAUGAGUACAAUCAGAAUGAACGACAACCGCGACAUUCGUGGAGCAAAGAGAAGAAACCCAAAAGUAGCUGUUUGAAAAAGACAAAAUAUAAUUCGGGAGUCAUGCCAGAGUAUAAUUUGAACAGGAAAAUGCAGAAAUUUAAUGUGCAUCACUUGACGACAGAUGUUACGAGUCAAAUUUUGGACAAUAGUAAGACACUGAUAGGAUCGUUGAAGGAUAUUUUUGGGAUUUCUUUGCCGGAACGUGGCGUUCCUGAAGGAUCUGAGGAUUUGCAAACUGUUGAAUGUGUUCCUUGUGAGACGCCCGAAGAUAAUUUUCAGGUCAUUCAAAAACCCAAACCCUUCUUGUCGAAAAGCUUGGAUGGCGUAAAUCGUAAAAAUGCCACAAAAUACGUUCACAACGUCGACGAACAACUUCGCGGCAAAAACGACGAAGACUUGUACGCUCCAACGCGGAAAAAUAGCGUGAAAGAAGACGACGACGACGAAACCAUUUGCGAGCAAAAUCCCGAACCAUAUCGUAACAAGUACAUAAUCAACUGCGAAUCGACUGUUUUUGAGCACACGGGCGUCUCUUUUGUCUACGAUCAGCAACAAGCGCUCGGCUUAACGCCCGCCGAGGAACAAAAACCCGCAUCAACUUUACAAAAAUUAACAAGUAUCUUCAAAUCUGGUCGUUUUUCGAACUCAAACUCAACGGCGACAUCGCCAACGGGCUCUGAAACGGAAAAAAUCGUUGGAAAAGCUUCGAUAACAACGCCAACAGAUCAAAAAGGCACAAAUCCCACAAUGGAAUCAAGCAUGACGUCAUCUUGCAGUGCAUUAUCUGAAGCUGCGUCGACUUCUACCAACACAACAACUACCAAAGACACUUCUCAAGCCGAAAAUCCCGUGAAAUAUCCCACAGCAACACGAACUGUAACAUCUCCGAAGCGUCAUGGGCGUCACAUUGCUUCGCCGUUGCAUCAAAAAACCCAAACAAUUGCUCGGGUAAUGUCUCCAGACCUUUUUAAUCCCGGAAAUUCGAGAAAUUCGAUGAUCCCUGACGACUUUGAUGACAUUCUGACGAUUACAACAACAACUUCCGAUCAAACCGACAAAAUUGACGACAUGGUAAUCGUCGAUUAUCCCACAGCAGCACAGGAAAAAGCUGAAAUGCAGUAUUUGAGACCUGUUUCGAGCAGUUCAAGCAAGUCUUCGUUGAUAAAUCGGUUCUUGAGGAACGUUACUCAGAAGAAAAUUCUCGAAGCUACCAUCAAAAAGAACUCAUUUUUCCAAACAAAGCUCAAUAGUGAACGAAAAUUGUUCGGAAAUUUGUAUGUAAAGCCCGUCAAAGCUUGUAGUAAGGCUCUGAUCGAAGACAUGAAUGCCGAAAUCGCCAUGGAAAUCGAAGAAAAUGUGAAUGAACAUAAGAGAUUAUCAACAGUGAUGAGUCCCGAUGAAGUUGUCGAAGCCGGGCAAUUCGAAGGAGGCGUCGGCGAACUCUCAAUUGAGCUUUUCAACGCAAAAUCCUUGACCAACAUCCUCCGAAAUGACAAAGAAACGCUCAUGAAAGCCUUCAAGCUGUACACCGGAUACAGUCGAGAGGGAUAUUUAACUCCCGUGCUCGUGUUUUUGACCGACAAAACACUUUACGUGACAAUUUCGCAACGAAAUCGACUCACAAAUAAAUUUGUCUUGCCCUAUGCUGAGCUCGAUUGCAUCCUCAUGGGUCCUUUUGGCAACACAGUCCUCUUGAGCAACAGUAAUCGCGAUAUGCAACAAGUUUUAUUGGCUGGCGGACCCUAUCCAGCUGACGGAUUAGUCGCUAGUUUGGAGCUUUGUGCGAGAAAAGGCGGAUCAACGUUGCCCGCAAUUGGACAGCUGACGUUGGAGCAUCUUGCGCCGUUGCAAGCUUUUGUCAGGGAUAAUUCUUCGGUUGCGAAAAGUGAUACGUUCAAGUAUUAUUCGGUAGUUAAUGUGCCGGCGGGAAGUUUAUCGGAUGAAAAGGAGCCAUUGGGACCGUAUUUGAAGGGAUUUUUGAUGCACAGAACGAUUUCGCAUUCGGGUUCGAUGGCGCAAUGGAGUGUCGGGUACUUUUUGUUGAAGGCUGGAGUGUUAUAUUUGUUCAGUGAUUCAAAUCAAAAGUUACCAACGUGGGCUGUUUGUGCGAAAGAAUGUCAAGGAGCUCGUCGUGCUCUCAACACAGGUCGCCCUCACACAUUCGAAUUACUUCUUCGCACAGGUUCACUUCAACUUGCCGCUCCCGACGAAUAUGUCGCCUCAGAAUGGCUUCAAGCACUCGUUCAAGCAGCUAGCGGACUCUUUGAGAUGCAAGAUCGUCACAAAUCUCUCGGAUGCACACUCAUCAUGACAAAUAAUCACCUCAUUACCUUACGCGAAGACUUUUCGUCGCCAUUGCGUCGUAACAGCAACACAAUUUCCCCGUCAUCCACAGCUCUUUCGCCUCCCUUGAAGGAAAAUGUCGAUCCGAAUCUCGCGAAAAAAUUGCAACAAGCGGCAACAGCGAGAUUGACUUUUGACGAUUGUCACAGCGAAAUUAGCUCGAUUCGGUCGACGCCAAGUCGAAAUUUCUCGGAUCGCAAGUCAAAUCACUCGAAUAUCAGUACGCCGACGAAGCAAAGUAGCAUUGGGAAGUCGACGUCGACGAUGAUGUUCUGCGGGGAUGAUAGUAAAAGUCACACGAACAUGACGAGUUUUUACGGGAAAAAUUCUGGCGUUGAAAUUUUGACGUGUGCAGCGAUUGAUGACAUGGUUUCCAUCAAAGUUCCUUCAGAUUCGAAUGAAUUAUGGGCAAUUGUGGAAUUCUCUUGUCAAGAAGUUCGUGAAAAUUCGGAUGACUUGGUUUUAUUUUUCUCAACUCACUCCGAGUCAACACGUUUCAUUACUUUACUCAAAUCCUUGUGGCAGGAAAAGACGACGGAACCAUUCCCUGUUUGCAUCUUGCCUGAAGACGAUCCCCUUGCCGAUCACUGUGCGCAUCUUUUCCGUGACAUCAACAAAUCGUGGGAGCUUUUAGUUGCAGCUGCACUCGGAUAUCCUUAUUAAACAAAGAAAAUUUGAAUUAAUUUCUCCAUUUUUGCACGGAGAUAAAAUUUAUUGACGUAAAAAAGUAAAAAUCAUGAAUGAAGGACUUCCGUUGAACGGAUUUCUUUCGAAAAAGUAAUAUAAAACUUAAAUAAUAAGCAUCAAUGUUAGAAUUAAGAAAAAUGAAUAUUAGGAAAAACACAAGAUUUUGAUAAAACAAAUAAUUAGGAGGAAAGUUCAUGGAAUGAUUUUGAAUUUUGACGUGACAGAUGUCAAAAUUUUUGAUUAAUUUUAAAAAUUUCGAGAGAUAUUUUGAGAGAUAUUUUGUUUUAUUUUUUUCAAAUUUACAUGAAAUUUCUUAAAUUUUUGAAAAAAAUUAAAAUUUGAAAGAAAUUUUGACAUCU